AUUAGGUAUAUAUCGCUUUUUGCAGUUUGCAGGAUAACGGGUACCUACCUACCUAAGUACCCUAGGGAAGAGAUGGGUGUGAGAUUAAUAGAUUUGAAGAUUUAGAAUCUUCCCGCACUGUAUCAUUAAUUCUGGUGGCAACCCUCCAAUUUGAUUACCCAGCACCUAUUGGUUGAUGUUACAGCCGCAUACACCAUUACCCAGGCACUUCUUAAAGCAGCUGAUCCUUUCUGGUACUAUGGAUGUAUGUGGCUUCCAAUUCGUUCGUGUCCAGCACUUGAAUUUCAAACCCUACUAGUUGAAUUGUUGUAGACUUGUUUCUUGUUCAAUAAAUCGUCCGUUGUCGAAUGAGACUCUUUAAUAUGGCCACUCAGGGAUCAGAUGGCGAUCUCGAAAUCACCGAAAAUCUGGAUGGGAAAGAGGAAAUACAAGAUGAUGACUCAUUUGGAAGUGAUGAAAGCAUUUCACAAUCUGGUGAAUCUGGUGACGAGGAGGAUGAAGACUGGCCUCCCAAAAAGGUGAAAGAUAGUUUCGACAGAAUUCUGGCUGACCUCAAAUCUGGCGCACAAAGCGGCAAAAUCAAGUCGGGAACUUUUGACUUAACAACUCCUGUUGGUGUUCAAGCCUUCCUAGAUGCGAAUAAGGCUGUGGAAAAAUCAAGCACGAAGAAACAAACUCUGCUUCAUUUGAUAGCCGAAUCUGAGAAAGAUGAUUUGCCACCUGCCAGGAAGAUGGAGCCUCUCAUCAGUGGAUUAGUCGAGUUGUCCGGAAACCUUCUAGCAACGCAAGAUGAAAACGGCAAAACACCAUUAUUCUGUGCCAUAUCCAAUAAGAAUCACAUCUUAGCAAACAUAAUGUGUGAGGCUCAUGCUGAUGUUAAUAGCAUCUUGAGCAUAUCAAAAAACCCCAAAGUCUUGCGCUCAUCCAACUGCAUCCACCAAGCCAUCAUAAAGAAAUCGUCUGCUAAGGAUGUCAAUCCGCUCAAGUCCCUGAUAGAGAGAGCUAAUGAGGACACACUCCUGGCCGUAGAUGAAAACGGUCUCACUCCUCUUCACCUGGCAGUCGAGUACAGACGAUGCGAUGAGGCGCAACUUGGUAUUGUCCAGAAACUUGUCGAGAAGUGCGAUAAAGCUUUGGACAUGACAUUCAAACACCCAGAAAAGGGCUUAUUAUCACCUUACUUGUACCACGAAUUUACCUAUGAGGAAGCAAAGCAAAGAGAGAAACAAGUCGCAAACAGAAAACAGGGUGUGGACACUGAAGGAGCUCAUAAGAGUGUACAUUUUAGUGAGAAAGAUAACUUCAAGGGCAAACAAAGAGAACUAUCAAAAGAUAUGCCCAGAGAGCUACGAACACCAGACAUAUUGGUUCCCUCUUCCCGCCCCCAAUCACGGCUUGCGCGUACGGGCGGCUUCAGAGCUACGCUACAUAUGCCAAACGGAAGUGAAGAUUUUCAAGUUGGAACAACUUCGACGAAUGAUAUUAAUAAAAGAGAAAAGCUGAAAUCAGUGGAUAAGACGUCAUCGAAGAAACCCAAAGCCUCGAGGUUGAAACCAACAGAAUCCAGCGCAUUGGAAAUAAAGCAGCACUUGAAGUUAGAGUAUCUACGCAAAAGGAACCAUGAUGAUGCGGUAGAGUUUCUCUACGGAUCACAACAAAAUCGACAUAUUUACUUUGAUUUGUCAGGGGUGUCUCCAAAGGUCAAUAAAAGCGGAAUCACGCGUGGACUCGGUCAUCUUCUUCUCGAAGAUAUCUUGCAAUACGUUGCCAUUCCUCGUGUGGAAGUUGAAGAUGAUCCUGUCGGAUUAAGGCCUGGUCAACGAGCACCGAAGCCUGAUGGCAAUGGCCGCACCGAUAUGAAACCUCUAUUUAAAUGGCUUAGAGACGAGAAGAAAGUUAAGAUAAUUCUCAAAGUCAUUGUGGACGAUCUUCAAGAGCCGGCGCAUAGCGACGAAGCCAUUGAAUUCUGUCUGAUUGGCAUGGGUGUAGAGAUAUGGCAGUGGAAAAAGGUCGACCUAUCACCUGAAGUUAUCCAGAAAGUUGCCCCUGAAGCACGAAUUGUGCAUUUGUAUUGGAGCGGUAAUAACGCUGUCCUCCGAGGGUGGAGUGAGCCCGAAGGCCUGAGGAAACUAAAAAGGCUCCAGGAAGUUCACCUCCAUGUACAACAGGGUCUCGAAACCCGUGCUCGAACUAGACAAAACAUAACAGCUUUCAAGGAGCGCAUCGAGAACGGUGUGAUUAAGGUAUAUGAUAGUAAAAUGACGGACGACACCAUCGAUGGCGUACUCAAUGGAAGCGACGCCAUUCAUGACCCGUAUGAGAGGCAUAAAUGGAUUUCUAGCAUGGAAGAGUUCGCAGAUUUCCUGCAGGCCGCUGAGCGGAACAUUGAGCCGCCAUUGAUCCUUAAACACCCAAUCACUAUUGCUGUUAUCGAUGACGGCGUAGACAUUAACGACCAGAGCAUCCAGUCAAGGAUCAUCGGCGGAAGGAGUUUCUGUCACCGAGAUGAAGAACAAAAUCUGAACCAGCCCUACUAUGUAUCUGGUGGUGGCCAUGGGACCGCGAUGGCUCGCUUGGCUGCAAAGGUCUGUCCAAAUGUCAGGCUGUAUAUAUUGAGGCUAGACGAAUACUUCAUCGAGCCAGGCCGACGACAAAUUACCGCGAAAAGCGCUGCGAAAGCUGUUUGUGCAGCUGUCGAGAAAAAAGUAGACAUCAUCUCUAUGUCUUGGACCAUCGAGAAGACCGAUGGAAAUAGAGACGAUAUAAAGAAGCUGGAGGAUGCUGUUGGCCUCGCUGCUCGUCAGAAUAUUCUUAUGUUUUGCGCUGCCACAGACCAGGGUGCCUAUAAAGAUCAAACAUAUCCAGCAGCGAGUGCUACCAAGAACAUAUUCAAAAUCGGAGCAGCCGAAGCCUCGGGCACAGCGCUGAAAUGGCUCGGUGACCAAUCGCUCGUCGAUUUCAUCUUCCCCGGGCACAAGGUGGUAAUGGAACGACACGACAACCCUAACGUGAAGAACUAUACGGCGCUUACCGGUUCGUCCGUGGCCACGGCCUUGGCUUCAGCCUUGGCUGCCGUGAUCCUCUACUGUGUCCAACUAGCGGACACCAAGCGGUACGCUGGUCGACCGAACGAACUGAGUGCGUAUAAAUCCCUAAAGGACCAUGAGAGGAUGAAGGAGGCAUUCUCGCAAAUUGGCACAACUAAGGAGAGCGAUAACAAGUAUAUCAUGGUGUGGAAUCGGUUUACGCGGCAAGUUAAGCAGGCCGAGAAAGACUCGGCGCCUAGGGACAGAUACAUCGACUACAUCAUCGGCCUUGCAGACGAACUGAUGAGAAAGGCAUGAAGCGCCAAUAAGUGUCACGAUAUUAUAUACCUAGACAUCCUUCAUUUUAUUGCUUGCUUAAAUGCUGAUGAUGAAACGAGUGGGAAAAGAUCUAUUUAUCCCAUUACCACACGAUUCUCGAAUAUGGUGUUUUCCACAAAAAGGGGGAGGGGUGAGACCCAUAUUAAAAAAGGGGGUUAAACGGUUACCGUAUUAGUAACCACCGGGGUAAUGAAGCUAACGGUCACUAAGAUAUCCCUCGUAAUCUCAAUCUUAGAAUUUGGCACCAUUCUGUCGACGCUACGAAUGUAAAUAACAUGUUGCCAAGUAUCCCGUCGAGAAAACCACCGGAACUAGGCGGCUUGGAUCACUGUAGUCCAAAUUGAAUACCUACUUCACCUACCUACCUUAGUAGGUAGGUAUUGCCUCCAUAUUUGGAAUGCCUGCUUACAGUACCUCCCAUCUUGGUAUCCAUGCAACCCGAGCUGCUGGGUCACUUGACUGAUUCCAUUAGGUAACGAAUUCAAAUAAGGUGCUUCGUCAGAUUCUUUCUAAAGAGCCGCAAAGUGACAUCAUGUGUCAGAGAAUUACAUACACAUCAAGUUGAUUAAGUUGAGCUAUCCGCAGGCCUUUUCUCAAAAUGGGGAUUUGCCAAUAACAAUUUCAGAAACCUAUCGCUUUCUA